CUUACAUUCAGAGGGAAAUAGAAAUAUUUUCUGUAUUUUCUUUUUUGGGUUUAUUCAUUUUACUUUCUCUCUGCUCAGUUUCUGGCUACAGCAACAGCAAUAGCUAGCGCAGGUACAACAGAAGCACUUCUGAAACAAAAGUCUGAAGUUUGAUCAGCGUUAGCAGACAAAAAAAUGGAAUCAGAUCUUCAACAGCACCAUCACUAUCUCCAUGAUCACCAGCUUCAGCACCACCAGCGACAGACGAACUCGAGCUUGACACGUUACCAAUCAGCUCCGAGCACUUUCUUUUCAAAUUUCUUAGACACAGAAUUCUGUGAAGACUUUCUCAAAGUUUCAAGUCCUGAAACCGAACGAAUCUUCUCAAAAUACUUAUCAGGUUCGUCGGAGCAAAGUCCGGGAAUAACCCGGCAACAGUACCCGGUGACGGAGAAGAUGGUUGAGCCUUCACAGUCUGGUCAGAGUGCUCUUCCUCCAUCAAGUAAUCAGCAGAGAAAUUUUCCCCCUGCCUCACAGGGUUUUUACCAGAGCCAGCCUCUACAGAACGUGCAAAAUCAGAAUACUUUAAGCUCAGAAAUGGACUAUAGAGCGAUGAGUUCAGUUGGGGUUGAUCGUUUUCGGCCGCCGAUGAAGAUGAGUGGCAGUGGUAAUAGUUCAAAUCUCAUCCGCCAUAGCAGCUCCCCUGCAGGACUUUUCAACAAUAUUAGCAUUGAAAACGGCUAUGUUGUGAUGAAAGGCAUGGGAGACUAUGGCGGCGGAAAUAACACAAAUAGAGAAGCACCCUUUUCUUCAGGGAGGCCACCGGUGCCUAUGAGUCCUAUAGCGGAAAUGGAAAAUGCAGGCGACAAUGAGAGUUUCGAUCAGGGGCGUUUCGGCAUCGAUUCGUGGGACGAAUCUUCUAUGAUUUCAGAGAAUCUCAGUGGAGUGAAAAGGCUUAGAGACGAAGACAGGACUCUUUCUGGAUUUAGUGAAGCUGAAACAGAGAAUUUGGAAGCCCAAAGUCGCCGUCCUCCAUUGUUGGCUCAUCACUUGAGUUUACCGAAAGAUCUCACAUCAAUCGAGAAGCUUUUACAGUUGCAGGAUUCUGUGCCCUGCAAGAUUCGAGCAAAGCGGGGCUGUGCAACUCAUCCCAGAAGCAUUGCUGAGAGGGUGAGAAGAACCAAAAUUAGCGAACGCAUGAAGAAACUUCAAGAUCUUGUACCAAACAUGGACAAGCAAACAAACACGGCAGACAUGCUGGAUUUGGCUGUAGAUUACGUGAAAGAGCUUCAAUCUCAAGUGAAGGCACUUUCUGAGAAACGUGCAAGGUGUACGUGUUCAAGCAAGCCGCAACAGCCAUAAAACAAAAGAAAUGUCAAAAGAAGAUGAAAAGGCAAGACUGCAGAGGUUCUCCUCUUCACUGAAACAAAAAAAGAUCUUUUAUGUGGGUUUGAAGAGGAAAAAAAGGGGAAAAGGAAGAGGCUGCUAAAAGCUAACUAUAAGCAGCAAUUUGUACUAGUAAUUUGCAUAUUUAAGAAGGGUUUAUACAGAAGUGCUGGAUUAGUUUUUCUAUUUAUCAGAAACCAGCCUUGGAAACCAGAAUCCUUAGAUUGUGAUAUAAAAAAUCUAUUCGAUUGUAUGGGUUUAACAAUUCUAUUUUAGUACUUAACAUGUGUUUAAUUUCCGAUUUGUAAGUUAACUCAACUUUGUUAAGUUUAUGUUAGAGAGAGAGAGGGGGUUAAGCUCAGCUUAACUUUUGUCAUGUAGUGAAGGCUGGGAAGCCAUCUAUUGUUGUCCCAAUAUAUAUCAUGGGAAACUUGUGGGAUGCCAAAUUUGUCUAUCAAAUUAAUGAUUGAUUGAAGAAUGAGAUAAGUGAUUUGCUUUA